AGGCAAGGGGGACAUGGAGACCGUCGUCCAAUAUUUACUCCUAGCUUUGGCUCUGACUUCAGUGCAAAUAUCCUACACUGAAAGCCGUCUAAAUGAAAAACGCAGGGAUAAAACUGAAAGGAGGUUCCAUGGAACGCAAGUAAAAGAUAACAUAUGCGAGAUAACGAACAGAGAGUCUAAAGUACAUUGCUAUUGCACUGACAGCAGCGAUGUUAAAACAGCUACAAAAGCCGACUGCUGGGUUUUCAACGGAGGUAUCGAUGAAACCGAUCCAAUAUGGUCCACUUUCAACUCUCAGCCAUAUUUGGAAAAGUUAACAUUCAACGUUCGAUCUGACGGAGCUCUUCGAUUCAUCCCAUUCCACGUCAUCCACCGCAUGAAGCGAUUACAAAAGCUGUUCAUACACUACGCUACUCUUAACAAGAUUGAGAAAAGAACAUUUUCAAACAUAACCACACUAAAAGAAAUAACUCUGAUGAACAACAAAAUAACCGAAUUGGACUUUUCAUCGUUCACGAAUCUCCCGUCGCUCGUAAACCUAACUAUAAAAGAGAAUAAAGUAACAGAAGUGCAAAGGGACGUGUUCGUAGAUUUGCCGAGUCUCAAAUAUCUGGAUUUGUCUUCUAACAGUAUCAACCUAGCGCACGACGGCUGUUUUGAACAUCUGACCGUACUAAACGAUUUGAUACUGGAGGCUAAUUCAAUUACGGUUCUGACUAGAGACACAUUCAGGGGCUUAGCUAAUCUGACGAGAUUGGAUCUGCGGUCCAACAAGUUGUCAAUGUUGGGCGAUUUAACUUUCACGGAGCUGUGGAAUCUUAACGAGCUACUUUUGGAUAAUAAUGAAUUGAAAUUUCUGUCUGAAAGAGCUUUCGAUGGUCUCGCUCUGUUACAGAAAUUAUCUAUGACAGGGAAUAAAUUGAAGUCUAUUAAUGAGGGGCUAUUAGAAGGUGUGCGCGGUCUUGAAUUAUUGGAUUUGAGGAACAAUGAGAUAGAACAUUUUACUUACGAGACAAUAAAGCCGAUAUUGGAGAAUUUGAAAAUGAAGAAUUCUGUUCUGUAUUUGAGCGGUAAUAAACUGACUUGCGAUUGCCGUUUAUCAUGGAUACAAAUUCUGAGAAAUGAAACGAAAAGCGAACCUCUAAGAAUGGCUUUAGACAGUGUCACUUGUGUGAUAGGAACGGGCGAGGCAGUUGAGAGUACAUCAAAUGACGUAAACUCCCAAAUGAUUGACGCUAAGCCUGCAAAAUCCGAACAACUUUACGAGAUCGAAGCAAACGGAGAAGUAUUACAACAAGAUGCCAAUGAAGAAGAAAUGUAUGAAGACAAUCAAUAUAAGUUCGAACCAACUGUACAACCAGUCGUGGCCAAUCAGCUCACAAUAGUUAAUAUGCCUGUAGAAACUUUGCCGUGUCCCCGCGAGCUAGUUAGAAGCGGCGAAGACUCUCUGAUGCUCUCGUCUAAGGACGAAAGUUACUGGCAAUCAAAUACAAGCUUACGAGUUCUCCCAAAACUGUUUUUGGUAGUGACGUUACUAAAAAUAAGUGUAUUCUAAUUAUACCUAAUAUUUAUAGUGUGUGAUGCUAUUCUAUUAAUGCUGAAAUAGAAGGAAAAGUUCAGCAAGUGGCAGAAAUAAAUUACAUAGUAUUAAAAUUCCAACAGGCUAAUUCUAAAGUAGGUCACGUAAUGGUUAUAGAACCAAUUAUCCUAGCUCCUUUGGCAGCGAUCGCUCGUUUAAUGGCCUCAAAAGUAGUAAGAUUAUCACCUUGCAUAUUUUUCCUUUUGUAUGUAUAUUAGAUCAGGAAUCGAAACAUUAUUAUUUGGCUUUAGAGCCUACUGUUUGUUUUUUGAACUUUCCCUAAUGUUUCAGCACUAUAAGCUUAUGAUUUCUAAAUUCUGCUAUGAUGCUUGAUUUUUAGACUUUAAGAAAAAAGACUGGUUUAGAUAUUUAAUUAAAUUAUUUCUUAGUAAGUGUAAUUGAAAGCCCAGUGUAAUGUUCUACCCAGUGUUAUAUAGUUAGAUCCAUAAUGUCAGUAUCAUGCUUCGCUAUGGAACUUUGGAUAUGUUCCAACUCGUUGAAAACACAUAAAAAAUAGUUUUUUGUAAGUGUUUAGCUUAUUUUUCUUUCACAUUCCGAAAAAUCCAUAUCAAAUUGGUUUCCAUAAAACUUGUAAAUGCUAUUUUAAGACGACCUUUCCAUUAUGAAGACAAUGAUGAUAAAUUAAAUUCUACAAAUUAUUACUACACCCACGUGACUAAAGUUAGAGACGAUUAGCAGCUCAAUGUUUUAAGCUUAAGACUUCCAGAUAAGGACUUCAUAUAAAAGUUCCAAAACCAAAUUCUACAAGCAAAUAACGAUUUUAAGUCACCCGAAAGGAAAGUUAUGAGUCUAGAUUAUUUUGAUGGUUCGUUAAUUAAGAUUUCUACUAACGAUGAUCUCCUUUGUACAAAUAAUGCAAUUAGGUUUAGCAUUAAAACAAAUGCCGAUAUAAUAGAAGAUGUUAAUACUCUUAUAAAUUCUGUAAUUGAAAUCAAACCAACUGUUAAUGCAAUUGUUACAAAUAAAACAAAUGAUGAACGGAAUGUUGUACAUUUAAAUAAAAGUUCUGUUAGUUCAGUGUUGCAAAAAUGUAUCAUGUUUUGAGUAUCGCAAACACAAAUCAUACACUCAAAUGUGAGGACAUGGACACAUCUAUUUAUAUAGAUUUAUGAGGCGAUGCGGAAAUCGAACCUUCAAUAUAUGUUUGCAUUUUAGAUAUUAAUGUAUCGGAUUUUUAUGACUUAAGCCUGUAAGCGAAAUAAAAUGUAAUAUAGUAAUCAUAAUUCUUGUAAAUAUUGAAAAUAAGGAUUUGGAUAUUGUAAUUGGUAAUAAAAUAUUAAUAAAAAAUUUGAAAUCGUA